GUUUAAAAACUAAGAAACGACUUUUCAGAGUUACAUUUGGUGACACAUAUCGUGAUAUUGUCAUUUAAUGAUCGUUCAUCAGGUUGUUUAAUUGAUACUAACGACGAGUUAGCCGGGAUUCGAAUAUGACUAUCUGAAUGAUUAGUGGUUGCAUUUUCAGCUCAAAUUCAAUGCAGCGGCAACAUUUAAUUACUUACAGCAGCCUUUAAAUUGCUUUUGAAUUAAAGUAAAGUAACCCCUUUAGGAAGUAAUGAGUACUGUAGUUUCCGAUGCCUAACCAGUAAACUGGGAGAUUAUUAUUUGUGAUGCAGUAUAUAAGCCACCUAAAGUUUUGUUAUGCAUAACGAAAACGUCAGUGACAUUUCAGAAAACGGAAUAAAUGAAGUGAUACAAGGGCUCAAGUUUCAUGACUGAAAUACCUGUAAAAAAGUUGGCUGUAUCUUGAAAGUUAAAAAUGGAUCCCACUCUUACGGAAAUGUUAAAUUCGCAAACUACUGUCAUUUGUCAUAAGGAAAUGAUAGCAGAAGGUGUUUGGGGUGACAGACCACGAGAGGGUGGAAAAUGUGUUAUAAUAAUUGAUGAUAUAGUAACAGAGAACAUUGCCUUGGAUGAAAUUCAGUGGGCAGCUGCAUCCGUUUAUUUAAGUUCAGACUUUAAUGGUUCAUUGAUUGUAGGUGACAGUGAUACAGAUAUAGAUAGAAGCCUUGAGAGAUGCAUUCGGACAAUGCUGCAUAUGGAAGUAAGCUUGAUGAUUGUGACAUUUGUUCCAAAAACACUUCAUGAAAGUAGUUUGAAAGCAAGAACUGUUAAAUGUAAAGUUCAGUUGAAAGAAAUACAUAAUGAACCUUAUAUCUUUGAGUGGAGUGACAGUAAAAAGUAUGAUUUAGCUGUACAUCAUAAGGUACGUGGUGUAGAACUUUACAAGUGUGGAAGGACCAGAGAUGCCUUUUUCAGGUUUAGCAGAGCUCUUAAAUUACUAGUAACUAUUGUACCUUUUGAAGAUGGCUUCAGUGCUAAACAGAGGGAUGAUGUUAUGUCUUUACAUGUCUUAUUAUGCAACAAUAUUGCUUCUUGUCAUCUUCACUAUAAAAAUUAUUCAUAUGCAAUAGAAAUGUGCAACAAAGUUCUGGUUUUAGAACCCAACAAUAUAAAGGCUCUGUUCCGGAGAGCUGUUGCUUAUAUGGAGACUCAAGAGUUUGAGCAAGCCAAAGAAGGCUUGAACCGGGUUCAGCUGUUAGACCCAGGAAAUACAGCAGCAAGAAGAAAAGAAAAGGAACUGAAGCAGCGGAAAAGUGAAAGUGAUGCUAAGUUGGCAGCUGCUAUAAAGAAAAUGUUUCCAUAAGUUCAUAUUUAUUUUAUCAUUUAAGAUACAAACAAGAUGUAAAAGAAUGGAAUAUCCAGAUGCUUCUAAAUUUUAUAUACAUUUUUUUAAAUAAAUUUCAUGUUUCUUGUGAUUGAUUAUAA